GACGUUGGACGGAUGAAGAUGGAGCUGUUUGCCGAUGUCGUUCCAAAGACGGCGGAGAAUUUCAGGCAAUUCUGCACCGGAGAGUUCAGGAAGGAUGGUGUUCCCAUCGGUUUCAAAGGCUGUACUUUCCACAGGGUGAUCAAAGACUUUAUGAUACAAGGUGGAGACUUUGUGAAUGGGGAUGGGACCGGUAUCUGCAGCAUCUACAGAGGUCCGUUUGCAGAUGAAAACUUCAAAAUGAAGCAUUCUGCACCUGGUCUCUUAUCAAUGGCAAACAGUGGACCCGGAACAAAUGGCUGCCAGUUUUUUAUUACCUGCACCAAAUGUGAUUGGUUAGAUGGGAAGCAUGUCGUUUUUGGGAAAGUGGUUGAUGGGCUGCUAAUCAUGAGGAAAAUAGAGAAUGUUCCUACAGGACCUAAUAACAAACCAAAACUCCCCAUCCUCAUCGCUCAGUGUGGAGAGAUGUGAUCCAGCUCCCUCUGCUCCAUGCUGAAGGGAAAUGUUCACACUGUAAAUCAAAAUAUCAAUAAAUUGUUCAUUUUUUAAGUUUUCAA